AGAGGAGCACGCUAGAAGAGGAGCAUUAGCCGGGAGACGCGUCAAAACAUUUAGCCGAGAGAGGAGGGGAGGGGGAGACACGCUGGAGAGCGCUCACAAUGAAGACCUGAAUUGUCUUUAAUGUUUUCCUUUUUUCUUUUUUUUUUCCUUAAAGCCUAUAUCUUGUUUAUUAAAGAGAGGCACAAAACUACUAGGACGCAGUGAGGAUUCUGCACCUUUUCUUUAAAGUUCGGUCCGGCGUCGCGCUCCUGUGGGGCGCUUCUCUGUCAAAUCCUGGAUAAGCGCGGGGCGGAAAAAAAAAAAAGUGUCAGUUUCAGCACCUGAGAGGAGGAAAGCUCCACUCUGUCUGCUCCUUCUAGGAAACCCUGCCCCAAAAACUAUUCUGCCGCUUCUAAUGUGAACUGCCCCGGUCCGACAAGCUUUCCCCUGCCCGCUUCAAGUGAAGGAAGAAGCGCAGAGAUCCGCUAAGGGAAGGAUCGGCGACCGACUUUGUGCUCAAUAUGUACCAGGGGCAUUUACAGGGGAAAGACUCUAGGGCUGCAGAUAAGACUGUUGCCAUGGUCCUGAAGGAGAUACCAAGUAAGGCGUCAUCAGAAGGGAAGCCCCUCCUCACAGUGACUACCAAGCUGGUGAGCGAGCAACAAGAGAGUCGGCCGCUAUUAAGCCCUUCCAUCGACGAUUUCCUCUGCGAGACCAAAUGUGAUGGGAUUUCCCGCCCGGUGACUUCCAACACAGCCGUUCUUUCUUCAACACUGGACCUUUUAGAUCUCAGUGAACCGGGAGAAAGGAGGAACAGCAAGGACAAGAAAAGUGCUCUGGUGUCCCGAGGUGACGGCCAAAAGAACAGCUCACACAAGAAAAAGACAGAUGAUACGGAGCUGAUCCAGGUGGAAGUUGAACAGACAGGACCAAGCAUGCGAAACCCUGAGAGGGCAUCGCUUGAGUCAGUAACCAUUGGAUCGUUGGAUAAAUGGGAAGAACUUAAUCCCAACGCUGAGAAGAAUGGCAACAGAAAAUGGAAGCUGGAGAGACGGCGCUCUUCAAAAAACUCAUCCAAUGAGUUCUUGUGGUCUAUAGACUGUAAAAUCCAAUCUGACUCAAAUAAGAACUUGUUGGAAGCAAACACCAAAGCAGAGCCAGAAUCAGCCUUGGCAUCACAACUCAACAGGCAGUAUAUUAGUGGAAGACAUGCUCGUCUAACGAAGGAGCAGCGCUGGGGGAGCGCCCUCCUGUCAAGACAUCAGUCCCUGGAGGAGGAGUUUGAGCGAGCCAAGGCUGCUGUUGAGUCAGAUACAGAGUUCUGGGACAAGAUGCAGGCAGAGUGGGAAGAACUGGCCCGACGAAACUGGCUGACAGAAAACGAGCAGGCACAAAUACCCUCAUCUGUAUCUCCACAUGAAAAGGGUUACUACUUCCACACAGAUAAUCCUUAUAAGGACUUGCCUAAUGCAUUUGAGGAGGGACUGAAGAAAUCUCGCGAGGGAGACUUGCCAAACGCUGUGCUUUUGCUCGAAGCAGCGGUCUUGCAGGACCCUCAUGAUUCAGAGGCCUGGCAAGUCUUAGGGACAACACAGGCAGAAAAUGAAAAUGAGCAGGCGGCAAUUGUCUCCCUCCAAAGGUGUCUGGAGCUCCACCCUAACAACCUACCGGCCCUCAUGGCUCUGGCCGUGAGCCUGACCAACACUGGCAUGCGCCAUGACGCCUGUGAGGCCCUGCUCCGCUGGUUGAAACACAAUCCCAAGUACAAGAACCUGCUGAAGGCCAAGACCCAUCUGAUAGGCUCCCCCAACUCUCAGCGCAGAAUGUCUUACGCUCUCAACGCGGGGCGACACGAAAGCUCACUGCUGCCAGAGGUCAAGGAGCUCUUCCUGGAAGCAGCUCAGAACAACUCGGACAGCGUUGACCCGGAUUUACAGACGGGCCUUGGGGUCCUCUACAACCUCAGCGGAGAGUUCAACAAAGCUGUAGAGGCUUUCAAUACGGCCCUGUCAGUCCGGCCUGAGGACUAUUUGCUGUGGAAUCGCCUUGGAGCCACAUUAGCGAACGGAGACCGGAGCGAAGAGGCGGUGGAGGCUUACACGCGAGCCCUCGAGCUGCAUCCAGGGUUCAUCAGGUCCCGCUACAACCUGGGCAUCAGCUGCAUCAACCUGGGGGCUCACAGAGAGGCAGCCAGUAACUUCUUGAUGGCUUUAAGUCUCCAGAGGAAAAGCCAGAGCGGUCAGCAGUCCCAUCAGGUGAUGUCUGGCAACAUCUGGGCAGCUCUGAGGAUAGCUUUAUCUAUGAUGGACCAACCCGAACUCUUUCAGGCCGCAAACAUUGGCGAUCUGGAUCUCCUGAUGAGGGCCUUUAACUUGGACUUUUGAGUAAUCGACGGAGUGCGCUCUGUCAUUUGUUCUCUGAUCUCUGGCCAGAAGCCAAAAGCCCAAAGUGCACACGGUUUGAGUUAACACACCGGCGUGUGUGUUUAGUUUCUGCAUAUCAAAAUGAACUGAAAAGGUCAAACCCUGUCACGUCCUUCUUGCCCUAAAUUUCUUGAGAGCAGUUCGGAGGGCCGCUUCUUCCAGGGGUUCGGAUGGACUGCUUAGCGAUGGAAUUUGCACUGCAAUUUGUGAUUUCCCUAAAGAGCACAAGGACGGGCGAAGAUUGUAUGAGCAAUGCCUUAGAGGACGCAUCAAUUAAAAACUGACUCAUGCAGUGGAACAGAGGUGAGCCAGGAGUGACAGCCAGAUUUAAGACUCCCACAGAGGAACCCUCACAAGCCAUUUGCAGCAGAAAAGAUGAGGUUUUGAGAGGAAGAUCUGUUGACUCAGGACUGCCUCCCCCCCCUCUCUGACGGUUGGAUUCAGUGAGCCGAACAAUAAAGGCUGCACCUUGUAACCCCGGAGCUCUAUAUUGUCUUCCUGGCUUCACCUCCCCCUCUGUCAAUGGAGACUUAUUACUCUGCAUCAAAAAAAAAAAAAAAAAAAAAAACACAACAAACAUUUUCAGAAAUGGAGAGAUUAGCAUACUUAUAGAAGUUUUCCCUUUGCACUUUUAGAUGACUUCCUCUAUGGAAUGUGCAACCCAGGUUGUAAAGCCUUACUGAGAUGCAUGCGUCCAACAUUAUUUAUUUACACUAUUUUUAUGGCAACAAGGAACAAAAUAUAUCAAAGCCAUUUUCAGACCGGUUUAAAUUUCUUAACAUAAGUGCUGUUCUUAGAACCUGUACGACUUCUGAUCCGCUAAUCUCAGUUCAGUUGUUUAUAUAUUUAUGCAGCUCGUGUGUAAUAUUUGUUGCUUUAAUGCUGACUGGCUGGAGGGAUGCACACAGUGAGCGGGUAAUAUUGAUUUGAAUCGUUUUUUUGAAUCGUUUUUUUUUGUUUUUCCCUCUCAGAGGGAAAAGUGAUUAUAUUUCUAAAAAUGUCUCGUCUCAGAGGCCCCUACAAAGAAAAGCGCCUAAUUUUUAUUUAUGCUGACUGUAUUCAUUUCAAUACAGCAUACUAACAUUAGAUUAAAAGAUGUGUAUUUGCAAGCCAGGACCCAAGACAGCAGCUUGAUGAAUUUCCUUAAUGUAGUCAUUUGUAUCUUUGCUGCUCCUUCUCUGGCAGCAAAGCUCAUUCAUUUAAUUAAAUCAGUUACCCUCAGCCAUCAUGCAUGAUUUCAAUAUUUAUAGAGGCUCGCUUAGAGUUGCACACAUUUCCUAUAAAAGGAAAAACAGAUUUUUUAUAAAUAAAUAAAUGCUAUUCAGAAGAUCAUUAUACAUUAUAAAAUGCACUGAUGCUCCUGCUUAAGAUAAACCCUUUGCAGCACCUCUAAAUAUUUCUUAUGAUUUUCAUUUGUCAGCUUCCUUCUAGUCACAGUUUGAGAGUCGCUGUGAGUUUAACGCCAUGCAGCUUGCCGUGCGGCGGCGGUGGUGGCGGAGUGAAUGAUAGAUGAUCUGCUGUGCAGUACAGCUCACUUUGGUGUUUAUCGGUCAUGUCCACAGUCCGGGUGUGCUGCAGAAAGCUUUUCUUUUUUCUUUUUUUUUUUUCCUUCUUCUUCUUAUUGUCGGCGCCUAUGCAAAAGGUCAUGUUUCAUGUUUGUCCCCAUCUGCCUCUGUGGAGCAAAGGGAAGUGUUGAUUCUGUGUUUUGAAUGAAUGCUAUCAGCGGGACCCAGAGAGCAGAACCAGAACCAUUCAUCUUCCUAACAGUGCAGCUGGGAUGACACACUCUGUGUCAGGAGGAGUGUUUUUAUCAGGCGGCUGGGGGAGAACAAACAGAAACCAGCUGAAAUGCGGCAUUGACACUGUAUGAAUCUGCGACAUAAUAAUGCAUCUGCAGCUGCACACGCCAAAUUCACAGCUGUAGACAUUUUCUUUUUCUUCUGUCAGCUCACUUUUCUCUUUGCAUAAGUAUUCACACUUGUCACAUUAUUCCAGCCACAAACAUUUGCUUAUAUACAAACAAAAUUGUGUGUCGUUUUGAAGAGAAAGAAAACUGAUAGAUAAUUUUUGGUUAUUUAUUUAUUUAUUUUUUUUACAAAUUCAAGUUAAAUAAAGUGCAAUAUGCAUUUGUCCUCAGGCCCCAGAAGUAAUUUUAGUGUAAAAUUCCUUUUCGCAAAGAUUGCAGAUGCAAGUCUUUUGGGCUUUUCUUUACCAGCUUUGAAAAGUUGCUAAUUAGUCGGGUUGUCAGCAGCAGUUUUUUAAGUCAUGCCUCAGUUGAUGCAGGCAUAGACUUUGACAUUGCCAUUCAUAAAUGCCCUUAGCAAAUCAUUCCAUGGUAUCUCUGGUGGUAGGUUUUGCAGUUUUGUUAUUUUUUUAUGACUGUCUUGUAUUUAGGCUCCAUUUACUCUGAAGAAAAAUCAACAUGUCCUGAUCUUAAGUCUUUCUUUCAGUGCAACUGGCUUGUUGCUACAUGCUCACAAAGACCAGUGCAACGUAUGAAUAGUCUCCAAUCUGAGCGGUGAAUCUCCUCUGAAGACACGUUGGUCACCAUGGCUGCUUUUCUGAUCAAUGCUCUCUCUUUUUAGCCAAUGUGUUUUCAGGGGUCUGAAUUGUUUUGCAGCUGGGUCAAAUAAUUCCCCAUGAGAUGUUCAAAUCGUGGGAUGUUACUUAAAAACCUGACCCUACUUUGAACUUAUUUGAUGCGUUGCUUCGUCUCCAGGAUGCCGUUUGUUCACUAAUGUUCUGUAACAAACCUCGAGGCCUUCACAGAACAGAUGAAUUUAUAUAGAGAAGUUACACACAUUUGAACUAUAAUAAGUAAAAAUGUGGCAUAGGGUAUUAGCAAAAAUGGGCUCAUGUUGUGUUAUUUUAUUUGUGAAAAUAACAAAAAACAUUUAUUAUUUCUAUUUGACUUUACCGUCAUGCAGAACAUUUUGUUUGUUGUCUGUCUUAUAUAAUCUGCGUACAAUUCGAUGAAGUUUGUGGCUGUACUGCAACAACUCCCAAAGAUAUUUGUUUUACUUUUGGACGGUAAGUAAAGUAAGUUUUAGUUAAAAAGCAGCCACCUUCGGCAAGAUGUUCAGUGGCCAAAAACACUUUUAAGAGGAAAUAACUUGAGUUGGCUAUCAUUUGCUCACAAUGACAUUUGCAUUGCAAUUGAAAAUGAAACAAAAUUGCUUCAUUUCAAAGGGGCAUAUGAAAUUCAGGUUGAAUGUUUUAUACUUUGCAAAAGUAGCUUCUGGAAAGGCCUUACAGAAAAUUAGGGGGCAAAUUUAUUCCUAACUUUAUGUUCACAGAGGUUAGUACUCUUUUGGCAAGUUCAGUUUACUUAUACUUAGAAACUCAUUGUGUUUAUAUAUAUAUAUAUAUUUGAAAUACCUACUAAUUUAGGAGUAAAGAGGGAGCUUUUCAACAGUUUCUGAAGCACCAACUAUUAUUCAUUUUGUUUUCAUUUUAUUAAUGUGUAAUCUCUUUUUCUUCCCAAAUCCAAAUUAUUCUCAGCAACUAUUCUUCCCUUCAACAACCUGCAAUGUUAACAUUUUGCUUUAAUUGUAGCUUUUCCUCAUCAACACAGUGAAAUCAACAUGAGAUACAUUUUUCCCAGCGCUUCGUUGCCCCAGUUUGGUUCAGCCUAGCUAUAAAACAAAGACAACAUUCUGGCAUUUUGAGCGUUUUUUUUUUUUUUUUUUCCCAGUUUAGAGCUAAUUUGAUUCUUAAUGAUACAAGCAUGGGAUUGCAACCAAAUGCAUCGUGCAAAUUGAAACAUGCUGUAAAAUUAAUUAUUUACUUUUCUUUUCUUUUCUUUUUUUAGCUCAGUCAAUUAAUAUAUUGACUUGUAAGUUACUUUGUUAUAAGAUUAAGUUAAAUACUAGUGAUGGUCAACGGAUGCUAGCUCCAGAAAUGUUUCCACUCAAAUCAAAAAUAUAUAUUUACAGAUGUCAUUUGUUAUUUUCAGUUACAUCUUCUGGAAAUAAUUAUAAUAGCCAAGCAGAAAUGUCCCAAGAACACAACUAUAAUCGUCAGACGUUGUGUGUGUACGACUGUUUCUGUCUGCAGACGUUGUGUUUGGCUGCUAGAUAAGCCUCUGUCCGUCUUCAUUAUCUUCUUUGUAAUAGCUUUACUUACUUUUAGAAAAGAAAAAUAUGCUCUUUGUAAUCAUUUUACACACACAACUUGUUUCCAUUUGUCCUCUUUCUCAGCAGAACUGCAGAAAAACAAAACAAGUUUGGGAAUUAUGUUCAUUUUUCAGAUCACAUCUUGGGCCUUCACUUUUUUAUUCUGUAACUUUAAAACAAAAAAAAGGAGAAAGCUUUAAGCUCUGCCCUUAAAGUCAAGAUUUUUUGUAGAAUUAGGUACCUCCUCAGGUGAACCGAAGUAGCUUAGCGCAUGCUUCUGAGAAACAUUAUGAGGAGAUAGCAUUUUAAUUAUGGCACAGAAUUAUACCUUCAUUUUAAUGCAUGUAGGUGCUUGCUUUUGCUAUCACUAAUAUAUGUAACAUUUAGGCAUAUGAAGAGGCUCCCUUGCAAUAUUUCUACAAUAUACUGCAACCUUAGCAUUAAACAAUUAUCUAUAUAUUCAGUAUUUAUUCAACACACGGUAUGUUUUGUGGCAUAAAAGAAGAAGUGCAGAGCUGACGCAUAAUAAUGAGGAUACAGAAAACAUUUUCAUAAAAAUCUAGGCUUAGAUCAUUUUCCUGCAGCAGUAGGUGAUCAUAGUUAAUCCACUGAAAUUUUGAAACUACAUCGGCGGAUAAAACCUAUAAAACUUUGCUUUUUGCCUCCGCUGCUUUCUUGUCUUGACAUGUUUGUUGCCGUAUCUAAAAACACUUUUUGCUUUCCUAUAAAGUUUGCAUGUUGCUUUCUCGGGGACCUCUUUUAGUGUAGUGGAAGCACAUCAGGACGAUUACUAAAUUACUACUGCUAUUUAUUUUUAUUUUUCCUACUUAUCUCUUGAUUGUGGAAGCCAAUUCCUGCCUCUCUGAUGAAAAAACAAGUAAACUUGUAUCUCAUUAUACUCAAAUGCCUUGAAUUGGCUCUGUGACAUUAUAAAGAGAAGAGUGAAACAAGUUUGGCUUAAGAUAAAGAAAUUGAUGUUGCAACAUCAUGAAGUUAUACUUCAGAAGUGAUUUUAUAAAUCUAAUAAUCCUUCCAGUUUUGGAAAAAUCCCAAAAUAAAAAAAAAAAAAAAAAAACUGAAUGGUAACCAGUUUGGCAGAGAAAGAAAUAAUGAUGAAAUAAAAGUUGUUUUGUUUUUUUAUCAAAGAGACAGAAAUGGGCUUCCCUUCAAGCCCUCUGGGAAUAGAAGUUCAAUCCUCUGCACCAAUCUGUCACUGCCUCUAAGUGGCCAAAUAAUUAUUAGCUGAUUUUUAUCAGAAAAUAGGUCAUACCAUUUAGCUGUUGGAGCCACUUGAACCAUUCUGCAUGUUGUAGCAUAGCAUCACUAACAUUAUCUUGCUGAAACAUUUAAGUAGCAUUUAUGUCAAAUUUGUAGCACUAGUGCCUAUGUGUGUCGUAUAUGGCAUCUCUUAGUUGCAAUUCUCAUGUGAAAGAUUUUUUUUUUUUUUUUGACUUGUACAAAAGCUUUCUGGCAUUUCUCUGUUUAGCUGGAGAUACCAGAUGAGCAGGAAGCCACCAGUUGGAAAAACAAGGCAGAUAUGCAAUAGUGUGCCAGGGAUUAGGGAUUUAAAAUGGUUGUACUAAAUGUAAAGUAAAACUGCAAAUCAAUUUGAAAUAAUUUUACAUUCUCACAUUUACAACUAUAAUCUUUGUUGCUUAUUCUACUUAAGAUAUUUAAUAACACAUCUGUUUAUUCUUUUCACAGAAGGAACAAAAGUUCACACAUGUAACUAGAAUAAAAUGAAAUGUCCAGAAAGACAUUUUAAAAAGCACCUACUUUAAGAAAGAAUGCAUUAUAGUACAAGAUUAAGUUAUUUUUUUACCUUUAUUAAAUAAUGCAUUUUCUCAUCUUUAUUCUUUAUUCUAUAUUUUAUUAAGGCUCAAAGGCAUUUUCUGUCUCCAUAGAUGUAAAGAGUCUGUACUUUACAGAUGUAAUAAUGUAUUUGCUGGUUUUGUUGCGAUGUAACUUUGAAGCAUUUAAAAACGACUUAAAGCUGCCUGUAGGCCGGGGCUCAUGAACGUCAUUAACCCAUUGCUGUUACUUUGUUGCAACAUGUACAGUGAUAGUUUGCUUUAGCAAAUUUAAUUGAAGCAUCACAUUUGAAUAAAAACUAUAUUUUGAUGAUUGAGACUAGAAAUUAUAUACUUUCUAUACAUGCAUCCAUUUAUUAAACCACUUACUAUAAUGCUUGUUACUGAACUUGUAUAACCACAAGGAAAGCAUUAGCACCUUUAACAACAAAGUAUGGAAGUAACCUUUUAAAAUAAACUAUUGUUAUAU